AAAUAAUGGAGGAGGAGAGCGGAGAGCCAUUGGAUAGAAAGAGAAAGAGAUGGAGAAUCCCAAUGCUGAGUAGUCUUACCACUCUCUCUUCACUUCUUCUUCUUCUUCUUCUUCUUUCUGUUUCUAAUCUAAUCUAAAUCUCUCUUCAAAACCCUAAACACAGCCCUUCUUUCUUCUCUCAUCUCAUUUUUGUUUUCUGUUUUCAACUACCAAUCACCGACCCAUUCUUUUGAUUUCUUUCUUGUCUUUUUUCUUUCAAAUUUUAAGUUAUAUGAUCAUCAACAACAAAAAACCCAGAUCAGAGACUGACUCUCAAACUCCUAAUUUCAUGAGAGAAGAUCGGACCGAAAUGUCUGAAGACGACGACCCAUCUCCUCCUCCUACUCAUUCCACUUCCGGGUCAACUUCUGGGUCUGGACCAUCCGAUUAUCCAGCACCAUAUACAGAUCAGGUUCUUGAAAAUGUACUCGAGAAUGUUCUUUGUUUCUUGACUUCACGCCGGGACAGAAACGCGGCUUCAUUAGUCUGCAAGUCAUGGUACCGUGUGGAGGCACAUACCCGAUCCGAACUUUUUAUCGGUAAUUGCUAUGCUGUGUCUCCCAGACGGGCAACUUCUCGGUUCACCCGAAUCAACUCCCUUACUCUAAAGGGUAAGCCCCGUUUUGCAGAUUUUAAUCUUAUGCCUCCCAAUUGGGGGGCCUACUUUGCCCCGUGGGUGUCUGCAAUGGUGAAGGCUUACCCUUGGCUUGAGAAGGUUCACUUGAAGCGUAUGACUGUUAGUGAUGAUGAUCUUGCUCUUAUUGCUGACUCUUUUUCGGGUUUUAAAGAGCUUGUACUUGUUUGCUGUGAUGGAUUUGGUACCAAUGGCCUCGCUUUAGUUGCUACCAGGUGCAGACAAAUGAGAGUGCUGGAUCUGAUCGAGUCCGAGGUAACAGAUGAUGAAGUUGACUGGCUAUCAUGUUUUCCGGAGGGCGAAACGUGUCUCGAAUCUCUGAUUUUUGAUUGUGUUGAGUGCCCCAUUAAUUUUGAUGCUUUGGAAAGGUUGGUGGCACGGUCACCUUUUCUGAAGAAAAUCAGGUUGAAUCGAUAUGUUUCUAUUGCUCAAUUGCACCGCCUGAUGGUUCGAGCUCCACAACUCACACAUCUCGGAACAGGGUCCUUUCGACCAUCAGAUGAUGCAGCUCAGGGUGAGCAGGAACCUGAUUACGCUUCUGCCUUUGCUGCAUGCAAAUCCUUAGUUUGCUUAUCCGGGUUUAGGGAUAUUGUUCCGGAGUACUUACCGGCAAUAUACCCUGUUUGUGUCAAUCUCACUUCUCUCAACUUGAGCUAUGCAAAUAUCACUGCAGACCAGCUCAAACCAAUAAUAUGCAAUUGUCACAAGCUACAGACUUUCUGGGUACUUGAUUCAAUAUGCGAUGAAGGACUUCAGGCUGUUGCUGCAACAUGCAAGGAACUAAAAGAGCUGCGGGUUUUCCCAAUUGAUGCUCGGGAGGAUAGUGAAGGGCCUGUCUCUGAGGUGGGCAUCCAAGCCAUUUCAGAAGGCUGUAGGAAGCUUCAAUCAAUUUUGUACUUUUGCCAGCGGAUGACAAAUGCCGCUGUCAUAGCCAUGUCAAAGAACUGUCCUGAUCUUGCAGUGUUCCGUCUUUGUAUUAUGGGGCGUCACAGGCCUGAUCAUGUCACUGGAGAACCUAUGGAUGAAGGGUUUGGAGCAAUCGUCAUGAACUGUAAGAAGCUGAGUCGGCUUGCUGUAUCAGGUUUAUUAACCGAUAGAGCGUUCAGUUAUAUUGGAAAAUAUGGGAAAACAGUAAGGACUUUGUCCGUUGCUUUUGCUGGGGACAGCGACAUGGGACUCAAAUAUUUGCUUGAGGGUUGCCCUAGGUUACAGAAGCUUGAGAUCAGAGAUAGUCCAUUUGGGGACGGAGCCUUACUCUCUGGUCUGCACCACUUUUACAACAUGAGAUUUCUUUGGAUGUCUUCCUGUAAGUUAACCCGCAGCGGUUGCCAGCAGAUCGCGCACGCGCUCCCUCGUCUGGUGGUGGAAGUUAUCAGUCACGAGUACGAUCAUGAGGUCAUCGAUAAUUUCGUAGAUACAUUAUACAUGUAUCGGUCUCUUGAAGGAACAAGGGAUGAUGCUCCUAAGUUUGUUUCCAUCUUGUAGGCAGUUGUAUCGGAUAAGUUGGCGGUUGGACAAGUGGCAUACAAUUUUGUGCAGAAAUGGUAGUAUUCGUGAAGUGCCAGUCAGAUGAUAAGACUGCGAGAAAGGUCUUCACAAUUGUUGUCAGAGAAAGUUGCACGAAUGGCUUUUAAGUAGAAGCUCUAUGAAGGACCUCAAUAUUUUUUCCAUGCUUAGGUUCUUUCAGAGGGGAUGUAAUGGAGGAGAAGGUAAUGCAGAAGGUAGAUUCUGGGUUUUACGGAUUAGGUUGCUGUAUUGGGUAUGCUUCUAAAUUCCACGUUUUCAUAUUCAUUUGAUCAUAAAAGAGAAGGCUGCUAGAUGAGUUGAAGAAAUAGGAUUAGAAAGGUGAAGUUUUAGGAAGAUUCCUGUCAUCAAAGAGCAAGCUAUUUUUCUCAACCUUUGUCUGUGUUUUUUUUGUGUUUCUGAAGAGGAUGUGAUGUUGUAGCAUCUGACUGUUGAAUUUAUUAUUAUUGUUAUUGUUAAGACAAUGUCGAGAUGGGUAAUAAAUGCCAAAUCUUUCAUA